AUGGCAGAUCUGAACAUCAACUCGAAAUAUAAAAUGCUCUCAGGCUAUGACAUUCCAGCGUUAGGUUACGGAGUCUAUCAAACACCUGCCGACGUGGCAGAAGAUGUCACCCUGCACGCAUUCAAGGCUGGCUAUCGACAUGUCGAUUCAGCAAGGGUUUACCGUAACGAGCAGCCUUGUGCAGACGCCAUGAAGAAGUGCAAGAUCCCUCGAGGCGAGAUCUUCUUCACCUCGAAAGUUCCCCCUCGAUCAAUGGGCUAUGAGCAGACCAAAGCAUCAAUAGAAUCGAGCUUCAAACAGACCGGAUUAGAUUACAUUGAUCUGUACCUAAUCCACGCCCCUUACGGCGGCACUGCGGCCCGCAAUGGCACCUGGCUCGCUCUUGUCGAAGCAAAACGCGCCGGACUCAUCCGCUCCAUCGGCGUCUCCAACUAUGGCGUUCACCAUCUCGACGAGUUGGAGUCUUAUAUCAAAGAACUCGAAGGACAGUACGGCAAGGGCCAAGGCGGAGAGAUCAGUGUUGGGCAGUGGGAAUUGCAUCCUUGGCUUACAAGGCCUGACAUCGUAGAGUGGUGCCAGAAGAAGGGAGUGGUUAUCGAGGCUUAUUGCCCGAUAGUGCGGGGCCAAAGAUUCGAGGAGAAAGUCUUGCAAGCGUUGGGGGAAAAGUAUGGGAAGACGCCGGCGCAGGUGUUGGUGAGGUGGAGUUUGCAGAAGGGGUUUGUGCCAUUGCCCAAGUCCGUGACGCACUCAAGGAUUGAGGAGAAUGCCAAUGUCUACGACUUCGAACUGACGGCAGAGGACAUGAAGUUGCUGCACACUACGGAAUACUCGCCUUGCGCAUGGGAUCCGACGACAAGUGACGAUUAA